AAGAAUCCAUAUGAAGUUCUUGGGGUGGGCAAGGAUGCAAGUGCGGCCGAAAUAAAAAAAGUUUACUUCUCACUAGCUCGAAAGUAUCAUCCUGAUACCAACCCUGACAAAAAUGCAAAAGCGAAGUUUGUGGAAAUACAGGAGGCUUAUGAUGUCCUUAAAGACGACAAGAAACGAGCGGCCUACGAUCAGUACGGCACGGCGUCACAACAGCCCGGCUUCGAUCCCAACGCGACUGGGGGUAAUCCGUUCGGCGGUGCUGGUGGUUUCAGCGGCUUUCAUGACUUCAGUGGUGCGUUUGGAAGUCGUGGUCAAGCAGAUAUAUUCGAACAGCUGUUCGGUGCAUUCGGAGGGCGUGCUCGUACUCGGGGUUCACCUUUCGGUGGACAUGUUCGUGGAGAGGAUCUCGAGGCUACUGUUGGCGUGAGCUUUCUAGAGGCCGCAAAGGGCACGUCCCGGACAAUCCAUGUGAUGCCAGUUGUUGAUUGUUUGCCGUGUUCGGGGAGCGGGCUGAAAGCAGGAGCCAAGAGAACGACUUGCAAAACCUGCGGAGGCUCGGGCUCUGUGUCUUAUGUCAUAGACAAUGGGUUCCGGAUGGCUAGCACUUGUACUGCUUGUCAUGGUUCGGGAACCAGUGUGCCUCAUGGGAGUCAGUGUGGAGAUUGUGGUGGAGUGGGUAAGGUUCGUCAAAGGAAAAGCGUCAAGGUUGACAUCCCUGCUGGAGUGGAGGAUGGUAUGACUAUACGUGUGCCUAACGCAGGAGAUGCGGCGAUUGAAGGCAAAGGCCAGCCAGGUGAUUUACUUGUGCGAGUCAAUGUCGCGGCUUCCAAGGUCUUUCGUCGUCAGGGAGCGAACCUCUACCACGAAGCUAGAAUACCUUUCCACACCGCCCUUUUAGGCGGGAGGGUACGCAUUCCCACUCUUGAUGGUGAAGUCGAUGUCCGCGUUCCUGGAGGUACACAGCAAGGGGAGGAAAUGCGACUCAAAGAACGUGGCAUCACGCCAGUCUAUGGCGAGAAGGGGGAUUUGUUCGUCCAAUUUAACGUCAAACUUCCGAGAUCUCUAUCUCCGCGUCAAAGGGACAUCUUACAACAAUAUGCCGACGAUGUGGAGGGCCGAAGUCCAGGGCCGACAAAAAAUGCUUCAGACGAUUCAAACGCCCCACCGUCUUCGAGUAGCAGACCUUCCAAGACCUCAAUUCAUGAUGACAACGGUAGGGAUCCUUUCACACCGCCAUUGUCCCAUUCUAUUGGCGAUGGUUGGUUAUCUCGCGUAUGGAGAAGAAUAAGAGAGCUCACUGGGUCUUGA